AAAUAAAUAUAAUUUCUCGAGCAUGGAAUAAAUUGUUUACCUCCACGGUACCACUGCUUACUUCCUUAUCAUUUGAUACGUCCUUAUCACCUAUGGAAAUUAUCACAUUUUCAGUUUACAUUUUUGCAAUUGUGUUAUUGUAAACACAAUUACACAAACACUCAAACAUCGACGGUUAACAUUUACUUGUUUUAAAAUGGUGUGCGAGAAAUGUGAGAAAAAAUUGGGUAUAACGGCUACUCCUGAUCCCUGGAAACAGGGGUGUCGUAAUGCUAUCGAUACUAAUUCAGUAAGUAAACAGGACAACAAACACCUACAAACUAUUGGAAAAAUCAAGACUCUAUCUGGCUCCAAGGUAUCAUCAAAAUCUGCACUCAAAACAGGAUCAUCUUCCGUUAUGUAUUCAUUUGGGGCAUGCAGAAUAUGCAAACAGAAGGUACAUGAACCAGGAAGACAUUAUUGUCAGAGUUGCGCAUACAAGAAAGGUAUAUGUGCUAUGUGCGGAGUUCGCAUUUUAAACAUUAAAUCUUAUAAGCAAUCUGCUACUUGAAAUCAAUUUAAUCAGUUGUGUAAGACUGUUUUAACUAUUAAAUACAGCAUAACUGUAAUUAAAACAAUAUUACUGUUUUAGAUGUAAAAUCAUUUUAACAUAAUUGUAAUAUUAUUGA